AAAAAGCUAAAUAUUUUUGUAUUGUGUUCAUAUUAUCAAACAAUAAAAAAGCAGAUUUAAGUUUUCUUACUUUUGUUAUUAUAAAUUGAUAUAAUUAUUUAUAUUCACUAUUUGUUUUUUAUUAUUUUAUAACCUGAAAGAUUAAUCUAAAAAAAGAAAGUAGAAAUAUAAAUAUUAUAAUUUUUUAUUAUUCCUAAUUCUCAAAAUAAAAAAUCUACUUAUUCACUAACUAACUCUAUUACUACUUAAAAAUUUGAAUUAUACUUAUGGAUGGAACUGCAAAAGCUACUCCUUCUAACGUUACUGUUUCCAAUACUAAUAAUUUCUUCUAUAGGUUUGAUAUCAACUUACUUUACUUAUUAAAAUGUCAAAGAUAUUCUUAAAGAAGCUCAAUAAAACCUUUUAAAUGAUUAAAUAUAAUCGAUAAAAAUAAUUAUUUCAGCUCAGAAGGCUAAAUUAGAUACAUAGUUUAUUAAGAUGGGUAGAGAAAUCUAAAUGGUUAAUAACUUUUAUAGAAAAUCUAUAAAUGAUUAGGUUUAUAUAAAUCCUUUUUAUGAAAUAAAUAACACUAUAGCUUUAGCUGGAUCUCUUAAUUUAACAGAUUUGACUGAUCCUAGAGUUGUUUAGGUUUUGAAAGGAGGAAUUUCGGUUUCUUCAUGGUUUCUUAAAAAUGUGAGUUCAAGUGAUUUCUCAAAAUUACCUCAGCCUUCCAUUUCAAAUAUUAAGCAUUAAAAUAGCAUAGAAUAUCUGAUAAGAUCAAUUUACUUAGCAAAUAAAUUUACAAAAUCCUUUUACUUUGAAGACUAGGCGAGAGGAUUCUAAAAUGAUGGAUUAGCUAUUUCUAAUCCAUAUAGGCAGAUUAGGCUUGAUAAAGUAAUUUUAAAGGAAUAGCAUUGUUAGACAUAGUAUUAUGAUGCCAGAUGUAGGUCUUGGUAUGUUGAAACUAGUUAAAUCAGUCAAUAAGAUGAUAAUCUUAUUUAUGUUACAGAUCCUAUCUUAAUUUUUACAGAAUUAAUUCCUUAUUUAGGAACAGCAUUUUGUUCAAAAAUAAUGUUCAAAAAUGAACUACAGAGUGUGGGAUGUGGAUAUUUUAGGCCUGAUAAAUUUGAGCUAAUAUCAAGCACUAGUAUAUUUUCUAAUGGAUUUCAAAUAAUAACAGUUGCUAGAUCUUAAUAGACUAUUUUUUACCAGGGCAUUGAAAAUGGCUACAAUAAAACUUUACAAGAUCUACUAUUUGAUAAAAAUGAAACUUUAUUUUAAUAAUUUAUAAGCGAAAUACCUUAAAAUUUUACUUAAUAUCAGUAUAAAGUAAUUUAAUCUAAAAUAGGUUUACCCUUUUUAGAAAGAAACUCUGAUGAAUUCUACACAUUUGAUUUUCAGACUAAGAAUAAUUCAUACAUAAGCAUUACAACUCCAAUAAAUAUUAUAGAUAAAAUAAACUCAUAAUAAUUCUAAUUAUAUAAUAUUUUCACUUUUUAUACCAUUAUCUCAAAGGAAAAGAUACUUCAGUACUACCAAGAACUUUAGUCUUAAAUAUUGAGUAUUUAAAUAAUUAUAUUUAUUUUCUCUGCUAUGAUUGUGGGAAUAUUUUCUAUAAUAUCUUAUGUACAUGGAAUUAGCAUUGCAAAAAAAAUAGAAAAUCCUAUUUAGAAUCUAACCUUUUUUCUUUAGUAAGUGACUGUAAACGAUUUAGGAUUAUUAGUUAACAGCUAAUUUAAUAAUUUAGAGAGUAUAUUAACUUUAUAAGAAGAAUUAGAAACAUAAGAGGUAAAAAUUCUAUUUGAGACAUUUUUGGAUUUGUUUACAUCUUUGAAAAUAGUGUCAUAAACUAUUUAUGAUAAAAAUCACUCUGCUGCAAUUAUAGAAUUAAAUUAGGCUAUUAAAAAGUUUUCUUAAAGAAGUGACAGAUUUGCUUUAGGGAUUUGCUAUAAUAACUUAGGAAAUAUUUUGGUUAAAGAAAGUAGAUAUUAAGAAGCUAUGGAAAAUUAUCUUUAAUCAAUAAUCUAAAUUGAUUACGAUCUUGGUAAAUACGAGCAAGAAAACAAUUUUGAGGAAGAAAUAGCUAAUUCCUCUGCAGCAAAUAUACCUAUUAUUGAAGAAGAUAUUGAUGAUAGCGAUAAUAAUCAAAGUAUUGAGCAAGAUAUAGUCAUGGCUUAUAAUGAAGAUGAAGAUAAUAACUUUUUUACAAACAAAUUAUCUUAGCAUAAAUAAAAAAGAUUAAUUGAACUUUAUCGCUUAAAAUUCGAUAGAAUGAUAAACUUUUCAAAGGCUUUUAAAUUGUACAACUUACAAACGAAAAAUUAUUUAUGGAAAGAAUAUUAAUAAAUAUUGGAACAAACAUUAAUUAUAACAAAAUACAUACUUAAAGAUUAACCUUUUAAAUUGAACUAUCUGUUGCAAGAGCUUUCAUUUUGCUUUCUUAAGCAAAAUAAAUAUAGAAGUGCUAUAAUUUACUUAAAAAAAUGUUAAAGGAUUAUUGCUUCAGAAAAAAAGAAGAUGAAUGACAAGAUAAAUAACAACCUAAAACUAAAUUAAAGCAUGAACAAUUUUGAAAAUAAAUACUUUUAAAAAAGAGGUAAAAAGAGAAGUACCUUUGUCUCUGAAGUUAAUUCGAUUUCUAAUUAUCAAUCAUCUGUUUUUUUCAAUCGAUAAAGCAGUUAGAAUGUCCUAAUCAGUCCAAGAACUUUAAACUAAAAUCAAUCUUACAUUUAGAAUGACAACUUUUCCAUCAAGCAUUUAAAUAAUAAUGCUAAUAAAAUAAUUUCUCCAAGUGAAUCAGAAAUCUUUUUGAACGAUCCACAUAUAAAUCCUUUCAAUACUUAGUAAAAUUCUUUAGAUCUCAUGGAAGGCAAAAUCAUAAAUUAAUAGGCUAGAUGCUUGAUGUUUAAGGGCAAAAACUAUAAUGCAUUUGAGAUUUUACUUUAAAAUUUUGAAAAUCUGCAAACUUAUUACUAAGAAGAUAGAUUAAUUUGCUUAUUGCUCAUUAACUAAUGCCUAAAUUAGAUAAUAAAAAAUAUAGAAAAAAAUAUGAACUCAUCUAAAUAUAUUUAUUAUUAAAUUAUAAAUAUUGAAAAAAUAUACUCUUAAGAAAUAGAAAAGAUAAAUCAAAAAAUAGACAAUGCAUUAAAUGACACUUAAAGAAGAUAUUCAUAGACCUAAAGUGAAAUGGUAUUUACUUAAAGUUAAUAUAGAUAUAUCGAAAUAUCGAAUCCAUUAAUUUAGUUGUAAGUCAUGUAAUAAAAUAAGUUUGAAAACAGAGUUGAAAAUGUAUAGUUGUAUUUAUAAAAUUUAAAAGAACAAUUAAAAGUUGCUUUGAAAGUUGAGAAAAUUCUUGAGGGAUUAAAUACAUCAAUAAUAAAUUUUAUUAAAAAGUUUUCUGUCAAAUACCUACGACUUUCUGUAAUAGUGGACUUGUAAGACGAAAUAUUUAUAUCAGAAGUGAAUCAAAUUAUUGAUGAAAUUUACAGCAGCAUAUUGAUAGAAAAAUACGAUGUCAUGGAGGUUAUUAAAUUAGAAAAAUACUCAAAAUAAAUUAUACCAUUUACCUCUGUUUACUAGCUUAAGCAACUUAAAUUUCACUAUAAAUAUGCUCUACGAGCCAUGUAUUUUGCAAAGACCAGAAGAAACAUACCGUUUGAAACUAUUUUAAAAUCAAUUUCAAAGUCUAUAGCGAAUUUAAACUAAAACUCUGCAAAACCUAAAGAAUUUGUUGAUAGAACUUAAAAUUUUAUCAUUCUUUUUACAAAUUUAUCUAAAGAGGACUGUGAUAAGUUAAAAUAGCAGAUAAUAAACUAUUUUCCUUUUGAUACAUCAAUAAAAAUAAUCAUUUUCAACAUGAUUGUCACUUCUUAAGUUUUAAAAUUAGUGAAUUAUUCUUAUCUUUUAGCUGAUCCAGACGAUGAAGAGAGAGAAAUAGAAAAUGAUAUUUAAAAUGAAUUGCAUUCGACUUAAUAUAUGAAAACUAAUUAUGACAAUAUUUUAGACACUAACUUUGAAGAUUAGUCUCUGAAUUAAAUCAAUAAAAAGGUUUUAAAUAACAAUUUUACAAGAGAAAAGAUGUCAAGUAUUAGCAAACAAAACGAUUAAAGAGAAUACUUAAAUAACUAAGAUAAUUUAAAUUUAGAUUUUAGGGGCGAUGAUGUUUUUGAUGAUUUUGACUAUAACUUUAACAUUAUGAAUAUCUAAAAUAAAAACAACUUAGCUUAAACAGCUUAAACAAUAUAAACCAGCAACAAAUAUCAAUAUAAUUAGAUUUAGAAGUCAAAGUAUUAGAAUAAAGACAGAACAAGCGAAAAUUAAAUAUAAUUGUCUAAAAACACAACAAAUACUUUAGAAGAAAUAGAGCAAGAAAGAAUAUACAAUAGCUCAAAUACUGAUUUUCAACAAAAUGAAGCAGCUUCUUAAAUUUAUUUGUGCAAAAAAAAAUAAUUAAAAGUUAAAAUAUUUGUAAAUAAAUUAUAGCUUGUAAAUUAUUUAAAAAACAAGAGGGAAGUCAUCGAAAGUUUAGGAACUCCCUUACUGUAUGAAAGGUUGUGAUCUUUUUCAUGGGUCAUUAGGAUAAAGUUUAAUUCAAAUAUAACAAGUUAUAAAUCUAUCUAUUUUUCAUCUCAUUUCAAUUUAAGUUUUUAAUUUAAAUCAAGAUUUCUC